UUGAAUUUGAUAUUAAAUAUAAGUAUUUUGUUUAACACAACACGGGAUGCCUUUCAAAAGCAUAACUCUCGAUUCAUGUCUGCGAGCAAAUAUUGGGAAACAACGCAGGCCAUCAUUACCCUUAUCACCUGUUUCAGGUGAGGGAAGUGGGGAGUUUAAGAAACGUAAAGAAUCGUGUAUAAAAAACACGCAGCCGUCCAUGAUACAGGAUGAUUAUAGGGAGGAGACGAUAGCAUAUAUGAAAAGUAUGGAAAAAACAACAUUAGCAUCACCUAAGAUGAUGGAUUUACAACCGGAGCUUGAAUGGUAUAUGCGACCAUAUUUAAUUGAUUUUAUUCUUGAAGUGCAUUCUGGGUUUCAUUUACAACCGGUUACAUUAUAUUUAACAGUGAAUUUGAUUGAUCGAUAUACUUCUAAAAGGGUAGUGUUUAAGAAGCAUUAUCAAUUACUUGGAUGUGCGGCGUUAUGGGUAGCGGCUAAAUUUGAGGAGCCGAAAGAUCGUGUUCCUACGUUAAAAGAGUUAUCUACAAUGUGUUGUGAUAGUUAUCGUGAAGAAAUGUUUGUUCAAAUGGAAAGUCAUAUUAUAAAAACGUUAGAUUGGAUGAUUGGGCAUCCUACGGCAUAUGGAUUUCUUCAAAUGAUGACGGUCUAUGCGGAUUUACCGGAAAAUGUGGUAAUACUAGCGCAAUUUUUUACAGAACUUGCUUUAUAUCAUCGUGAUUUGAUAUGUCUACCGAGUACGGUAGCGGAAGCAUCACUAUUUCUUGCACAUUCUAUUUUACAACCGAAGAAAUAUUAUAUGGUUUCAUCUUCGGAUACGUUUGCAUGCAUUAAUACAUUUCAUUCACAUCUUGAUAAUAUUUCGAAUGUUAUUCUUAAAAAAUAUUCACAUAUUGGUAUCAAAAAAAUAAUCAAUGAUUAUCUUUCCUCAGUUUCAUCAACGCAAAAUUCUUUGCAAGUUAAUUCUCCUCAUACACCUUCUCCACAUAAACAUUCUCGACAUUCUCAAUUCUACCUUUGUGUUAAUCAUACUUCGGAAACAAUUGCUGAUCAAUUUGGAAAUAUACAGGAGAUUGAGACGGGUCUUCCUACACCGCCUGUUGAUGACAAUCAAUGCAAUCAUUAUACAGACGUUAGUCCUAUGACUUGAUUUUUUUAGAUAUAUUUUUAAAGCUUCAUGCUUCAAUAUCAUUU